UAAUGAUUGUUGAUGAUGAUUGAGGUUCGUAAACUCACCGAGGCUGUUGGCUCGGCACGUUUGUUUGGCUCGUUCCAGGUCAGACUCCAUCAACCUCAUACAGAAUUUUGUAUCUAGACAUUCAACAAAAUGCCUCCCCCAAAAGCUAGAUUGCACAAGAGCACGGGAAAAUUGAAAACCAUUCCCAAAGUGGCACAAUCAACUGCAAGUCAAUCACCAUCCGGUUCGGCUGGCAGUACUUCGUCGCCGCAAUCCUCCAGCAGCAAUCCAGCUCCGGAGGCAGAUCGACAGUUCGAACUAGAACUUUACUGGUGCAUCCAGCAACUAGAGAACUCCCUCAGUGCGCCACACAUGAGAGAGAAUAAAAAAAAAACGGAAGACACUAUGAAACUAAUCAACACUCUCAAGUCAGCGAAUCAACCGUUGAUCAAAAAACGCCAAAUAAUGCGCUCGGCUUUCGGCGAUUAUCGCACAAAAAUGGCAGAGGAAGAGAAAACACUGGCAUUGAACGCGGAAAGCAUAAGAUUUGACGCUCCGAAAAAGAAAGCCAAAUACCAUUUCGUCAAGAAGGCCGCUAUCCUCAACGAAGACAAUAAAGAUUUUCGAUUCAACUUCGCAAAUAUCCAGCUGGAGGAUGCACCAGAUGUCGAACCAGAAGCAAACCAGCCGGAGGAACCCGUCGUUAGGCGUAAAGAACUCAAGGUUAGGGUGAUCCCACCAUCGGAUAACUCGUUUAGGUUUAACUUUACCGUAGAGGAGUAGGAAUGUGCAUUUAGGAUUAGGAAAUAAAAAAAAAACUACACAGUAAAACACA